GCAAAGUUGGUUAUAUCUCUGAUACAAGCAAGUAAGCAACAUGUCUGGUCGCGGCAAAGGAGGCAAAGGUCUAGGAAAAGGAGGCGCCAAGCGUCACCGAAAGAUCCUUCGUGACAACAUCCAAGGCAUCACCAAGCCAGCCAUCCGUCGUCUUGCUCGCCGUGGCGGUGUCAAGCGUAUCUCUGGCUUGAUCUACGAGGAGACUCGUGGUGUUCUCAAAGUUUUCCUUGAGAACGUGAUCCGUGAUGCUGUGACAUACACCGAGCACGCAAAGAGAAAGACUGUGACAGCCAUGGAUGUGGUGUACGCUCUGAAACGACAAGGCCGUACUCUGUACGGA